UCCACGCGGCCCGGCCGCCCAGAGCGCAGUCGCGGCCUCCGCCCGGCGGCUGAAGGUGCGCGGCGCCCCGCGGGGCGGGAACCCGGCGCGGACUCCGGGAGCUGCGGUGUGCAGGGCUGCGGGCUGGGUCCUGCCGCUGCCCGCGGGAUUGUUGGGGUCGCCGAGGUGAUCGACCACGUUGAAAGCCUGCAGCUCGCCACGCUCGAUCCUUCUGUGCCCAGGAGCAACAGCAGACCCUCCCUUUGGUAGUAGUCAGAGGCGGGGAAUCCGUCUUCUUAGGACAUGGCAGGCAAAAAAGUCCUCAUUGUCUAUGCACACCAAGAACCCAAGUCUUUCAAUGGAUCCUUGAAGAAAGUGGCGGUGGAUGAGCUCAGCAGGCAGGGCUGCGCCAUCACCGUUUCCGAUCUGUAUGCCAUGGACUUUGAGCCGAGGGCCACGAGGAAAGAUGUCAUAGGUGCUCUCUCUAAUCCCGAACUCUUCAAUUACGGGAUGGAAGCAUAUGAAGCCUUUAAGAAGAGGUCUCUGGCCAGUGACAUAACCGAUGAACAGAAAAAGGUUCAGGAGGCUGAUCUAGUGAUAUUUCAGUUCCCGCUCUACUGGUUCAGCAUGCCGGCGAUCCUGAAGGGCUGGAUGGACAGGGUGCUGUGCCAGGGGUUCGCCUUUGACAUCCCAGGAUUCUACGAUUCCGGUUUCCUCAAGGAUAAACUGGCCCUCGUCUCCUUAACCACGGGGGGCACAGCCGAGAUGUACUCGAGGAGCGGCGUCAGCGGGGACUUUCGGUACUUCCUGUGGCCUCUCCAGCAUGGGGCGCUGCACUUCUGUGGAUUUAAAGUCCUCGCCCCGCAGAUCAGUUUUGCCCCUGAGAUCGCUUCUGAGGAAGAAAGGAAGGCCAUGGUGACAUCCUGGGCGCAGAGGCUGAGAACCAUCUGGGAGGAGGAGCCCAUCGACUGCUCGCCUCCUUGGUACUUCGGGCAGUGACCCUUCGUGCCGCGUCCGCGUCGCGGGAGCUGCAGGCACCGGCAAAGAGGAGAUGACCCUGUAAUAAAACGAAAUCACAACAAAGCGAACUGGAUACGUUUGAUGUCAGGUGGGACCGAGCGUCCCACCCCCAGACCCAGCCUGUCAGCCGUCGCUGCUUACACCGAUCCUCCCCCGACUGACAGUAUCAUUCACCAGGCUCGCUUGGCUCCUCUGAUGUCUUUCCAUCUUCCUGUGUUCAACCUUCGUGGGUAAUCUUGUUUUCAAACAGCUCUCCUGGCGUGGCAUAGUUUUUUUUUUCUUUUGCCUUAUUUCAUAACUCAACUUGGGAAUUUCUGGUUUUUCAUAGAAAGGUUUAAUCUUUCCUAGCUAAGUGCUUUAGUGCCGUGUUUGGACUUUAUUUCUUCCAUCUCUCUCUCUCUCUUUCUUUUUUUUACUUGCAUGCAUGAUGGCUGUGAAGUUUUCAGUGAACAGCUGGUUAACGUGCAUGUAAAAUCAUCGGGUCGGGGGGAGGCUUACCAGGAAAGUCUCCCAGCGUCGCUCCCAUGGCUUCCCCUCCCUGCACAUGUGUUUGAGUGGCUCUACUAGUAAUUACCCUGGGGCAGAGGCAUGGGUAGCGGAAGGGUCUCCCUAAAAGCAGGUUUAAGAGAUUAAAUGUGUUUCUCCUCCUUAUCGUCAUCACUUCCGAGGAUGGAGCCCCUUCCUGGGCGCAGGGGCCCUCCUUCCUUAGCGUCCCUGGUGCCACCCACCAUCCCCUCGUCGGGCUGGCCACUCAGCUGCCCCCCGGCUCCUCAUGACACUCCCUCAUGCUGGCUCCCUCAUCCUUGAGCACCCUGUCCCCUGCUUUGCUGCCUCCUUCUCUUCCUCAGCACCUCUAAACCCUUUCCCAUCCACCUUCCCUUCCUCCCAUUUUCCCGCUGGUGCACUGUCACACACGUCUCCGUGUGCAUCUCCUUCCUCUUCCUCUGAAUCUCCACAGCCUUCCCCACCAAGCACUCCCUCAGAGCCACCAUCCCUGGAUGCUCAGCCUUCAGGGUGUUCCUUCCUAACUCUUUUUUUUCAACACUGUUUUCUUCUAGUUUUUUGUUUGUUUGUUUUGGUUUGGGUUGGGGUUUUUUUUGGAGCCCUCCUCAAACUCCUCUUCACAGCAAUCUUCAGAUUCUCUUUCUAGGGCAUCUUCAUCUUCAGAUUCCUUUUCAGGGUCACCUUUGGACUAUUUUGAAAGCCAUUCCCUUCAGGGUCUUUUUUUGAGGCUCCUUUGAGACUGUUCUCAUCAGACUUUUGGACCUGCCUUCUUCAGACUCUUUUGGGACCAUGUCUUUAGCAUCUUUUUCAGAAGCAUCUUCAAAAUCUCCCCCAUUUCCUCAUUCUUCAAAUAUCUUUCCACGUGUAGAUUCUUCGCAUGUCAUGUUAGUUGUAGCUUCUUGAGCUUUCAUCCUGGAUGUGCUCGGGUGCUCAGGAAAUGCCUUACCCGAGAAAGGCUCGACUUUUGGAGCCAAGAUGGAAGUUGAACACUGACCACGUCCAUUGGCCUUGGGACACUGUAGAAAGAUUUCCCUUCUCAGCCAUUCCUUCUUUCUUCCUGGGGUCUUCUCAUCCUGGCCAUCUUAGUCCCAGGCCAUGUUGAGACAGGGAUUCGAUGGCCACCAUGCCACCUUCCAUCGAAGGUUUGAGUGCACAGAUAGCUUCCUCAAGACAUCUGGGUGUCUGUCAAAGAGAAGGCGCUUCCUGAUUUGCCCAAGCUUUGAACAUUCUCCUCCAAGGUUUUCUCUGACCUUGAUUAGCACCAGUGGGCCAUCCUCAAAAUCCAUAGGAUGAAACACUUCAGUGAUGACGACUCCCCCACAAGGACAGUCCAGCUGCAUUUAUUACAGGGCCAACUCCUGCCUGUGCUGCUUGUGCCUCUUGCUUUCUGAUGCCUCCUUAGCUACCUCAGUAUGUGAUUUCUAGCUUCUAAUUUCAUCUUCAUCCAAAAGCAUUAUUGCACAAUCCAGAUUCCCUCUUCAAACAACUGCAGAGCCCAUCUGCUGUAACAUUUUGUAACAUCUUUGUAAAACUUGACCACAAAGUCUGUCUGAGGAUCUCAUAAUCGUGCCAAGAUAGGCAGAAGUGGUAUAAAUGCCUCCACUGUGAUGUCUGUAGGCAAACCCGUUGCAUUUGUGUUUGCAGUUCUGUCUUCAACAUGAAGCCUCUUUUUUCUCCUCUUUUCAAGAUCAGUGGGUUUGAGGGUACUUUCCACAGAGGUUUCUUAGCGUUGCUCGCAUCUCUUGUAUGUUUGCCAUGGAGCCAGAUGUGCCAUCGUUGAGAGGCCAUAAUUAGCCUGAUACGCUGUGAUAAAGUCUCGAGAUCUUAGGCCAAACCGCUGUGUCUCCAGGGUGUCAGCCAGCUGCUACCCGAAAGGUAGGAUUUCUCCACCAGGAUCCUUGGUGCCUCUGUAUGGUUCUCCAUUCACAAUUGCUUAUUUGCACAUUCCUCAUCCGGGUACACUUGACCGUGAACAACACAGGCUUGAACUGCAUAGGUCCACUGAUACAUGAAUUUUUUUCCCAUAAAUACAUUGGAAAACGUUUUGGAGAUUUACAAUUUGCAAAAACUUAACGGGUGAACUGAGUAGCCUAGAAAUACUUUAAAUUUUAAGAAAAAUGUAUUAUUGUAAGAAUACAGUAAAUGCAUAUAGAAAAUA